UUUACAUAUGGCAGGAUAAAUGUCGAAGUUUACGAAGUUUAAAUGAAUUUACUUCAAAAAUGAAUUUCGUAUAUAGAUAUGGGCAACAUUUGCUGCUGUAAAAAACGGGCUAAAAAGAAGAUCGUCUUAUUAUUAGUGGGAUUAGACAAUGCUGGAAAAACUGUAGCUGCAAAGGGUUUGGCUGGUGAAUCAAUAGAUUCAGUUGUUCCAACAGUAGGAUUUUCUGUUGUAAACUUAAGUUUCCUGAAUUAUAUUGUUAAAGUGUUUGAUUUAGGAGGAGGUCCAAACAUAAGAGGAAUUUGGCACAAAUACUUUGUGGAUGCUCACGGUGUAAUUUUCGUUGUUGAUUCAAGUGAUAUUUCACGCCUUGAUGAAGCAAAGGAAGUUCUUCGAGAACUUCUAUCGCAUGAAAAAAUUUCAAGAAAACCAGUGUUAGUUUUAGCAAAUAAACAAGACAAUGAAAAUGCAUUAGAUGAAGUAGAUAUAAUUGAAAAACUUGAAUUAGAACCAAUUGUAAAUGGAAAUGAGUGCCCUACAUUGGUGGAAAGUUGCUCAGCAACGGAAUCUUCGGGAAAUCUGAAAAUUGAUCCAGGGAUUAAAAAGGGGUAUGAAUGGUUAAUAAACUACAUUGUUAGACAUUACGAAAUUUUAAAUAAACGCGUGGAAGAGGAUGUGAUGCAGCAAGUAACUUUAGAACACCGUUUAAGACUGGAAAGGAUUGAGAAAAUUAGGGCUUUAAAAGAAGCUGAACAAAAAAUGAAACAAGAGGAUGAAGAUGCAAUCGAAUCCUAUUCUAACUAUGAAAGAAAAAUGAACGGCCAAUUACAAGAACAACAGUCUCAAUUAAACAUCGAAAAUUUACAAAAUAAUGACAGUGAUACGAGUGAAAAUUCAUCUGAUUCUUUUCCCCCUGUUUAUCAUAUUAAAGAGGACAUUUUACUCGAGCGACCAAAAUCCGCAGUUCAGAUUGUUAGACAACAACUAGAACUUAAUACACCAAGUAAGAAAUCAUUUAUCUCGCGGGCAUCCAAUAAGACAGCUCCUUUACAUUUGUAUGGCAUUCACGGGCCACGUUCGGCUUCUGCUGAAAGAAAAAUAUAUGAUGUUGACCGGAGAAAUUUGAAAUCAGCAGGAGAUGCACCUUUUAGGAUCACCGAAUUACCAAAUGUGCCUAUGUUAAGUGGUGAUGAGUUGCACAGUGAAAUUUAUAGCUUGAUGAAUUUUGACAACACCAAUAAGCUGCAACCAUCGAGUGAGGUCGAUACAGAUAAAAGUAGUUUGCCUUGGUUUCAUAAAACCAAAAAUGGUGAUAUCAACGGAAUAAGUGUCGUUAAUAUAGAUUUGUAAAACUUUUAUCACUAUUCUAGUCAUAAGUUUUUAGUCUAUUUUUAUAUGCACCAAUCCCUAGUUUGUACUUUAAUAAGAGAUAAAAAUUGUAUUUAUGAUGGUUAUGAAAAUACUUUAUAAAGGAAAAUAAAAUCUGCGUAUUUUUACUACGGUUUGAAGUAAACAUAUACGCUUAUUUCAAUUAAUAAACAUCAGUGUUGAAUCCUA